AUGAGGUAAGGUUCUAAUGAAAUAUGUCGAAAUAUACCAAAUCAACCAUGCUGAUCACGAUUCCGAAGUCAAAAUUGCUUUUCUGGAUCUCCAAAGUUGGUUUUCGUCCACUUUCAUCAUUUCCUGGGUUCCUGGGUGGUGAAAAUGGACGAAAACCAACUUUGGAGCUACAGAAAAGCAAUUUUUGACUUCGGAAUCGUGAUCAGCAUGGUCGAUUUGGUAUAUUUCGAUAUGUUUCAUCAGAACCUAACCUCAUUCACUCCUCUUGUGAGAAAAACACUAAUUUUCAGCUUGAAAUUCACUAAAAACAUAUUUUUUUCAAAUUUCAGCCUGAAAAUCUGAAAUGUUAUCAAUUUUUUCAUUAAACUCACCAAAUUUCCCGCUAAAAUCACACUUUUCCAUCAAUUUUCAAUGAAAAAUCGAUUUUCCCCAAAAAAAACAGCGUUUUCACAGCCUCCACACCUGCGUGAAGUCUGCGUCUCACUCUCUCGUCGUUCGCUGAGUGAGAUGGGGCGCGUUUGCUGCACUCACUUUUUUCCAUUGAAAAACACUUUUUCUUUAUUUUUUCGUGUUUUUUGGUCGCCACGAAUUUUUCCUGCGCUAAUACGAAGCUAAACUUGAAAAUAGAAGAGAUUUGGAAGACAGAGAUAUAUAAAACAUCUCAGUUCGAGUUAAAAUUCAAGGAGAACAUUCGAGCGGAAACUAGGAUCUUUUUUGUUCAAAAUCUCAGGAAUUUUUUUGUACGAGUUCAGCACGUUUUGUGCAUUUGUACGCGUUCAGUCCUAUUAAGUACGCUUUCAAACUUAUGCGUGUACACGAUCAGUCUUUUUAGCUGUCUUAUAUCAGGAACUGAACGCGUACAAAUGCAAAAAAGUGCUGAACGGGUACAAAAAAGGUGCAGAACUCGUACAAAAAAUUCCUGAGGACUUCAUGAGUAUUUCGAUAUUUUUGUGUAGUUUGAAGCUAUUUCGAUAUAUUUCUCAUGAUUUAGCGAUUGCGGCGUAGAAAAUUAGUUGAAGUGAGCAUGGAAUUCAGGAGGGUAUUCGCGCAGGUGAUUUUGCCGCACAGUUCUUUGAGAAACUAAUUAGUUCGUACAAAUUCCGAGAACAUUGUUGAAAAUGUUGUUAUUUUUAAUUUUGACAACACUUUGCUUAUUUGUAAACGUUUCUUCUGCUUUUUAAAGAUAACUAUCUUCUGAAAAAUUUAUUAUUUGCAGAAGCUACAACCUUCGUGUUAUCAUCACCACGGCGCCAUUUUGGCCAAUCCUUUUUAUUGGUAAGUAAUUUUGAUGCAAAUUUUGGUACAAUUAUCGAUUUUCAAUCAAACAUAUUUUUAGGAUCAAUGAUGGUUGUUGGAAAAAGAUUGCGAUCAAGUCGAGAAAAUGCUGGACAAAGUGCUUUGUCCAGAGAAAAUAUCAAAUUGAAAGAGGAAAUAAAGGAGAAAACAUCAAUAAUCGAGGUGAUAGAAAAUGACAACAAAACCUGCAAAUACGAAAUAACCGUGAAGGACAGAGAAAUAUCAUCAGAAAAAAAGCAGACAAGAAAAUUAAAAGAUGAAUUACUUGGCAAAGAUUUAGAAAUCGAAAGAAUAUGUGUGAAGUUAGAAAAAGAACGAAUAUUACUGGUUAACAUGGAUAUGGAUCAAUUUUUCGCAUGAGAAAAACAUCACCGCGAAAACCUUUCUCCACCUUGUCACACCAAACGCAAAUGUUGCGAUCAAUUGAAAUUAUGGAAAUGUCGAGAAAUGUCACCGGCGGAGAAGAUUUUUAUACCGUUUGGAAGUUUAUGGGACAAAAUUUCGAACACGAAAAUGGUGUGAGAUGGUGUAAAAUGUCGGAUGUAGAUACUCUUCUUUAAUGUCAAAGUUCAAUUUUGGAGAUGGGCUGGUUAAAGCAAUGAAUCAUUACUACAAUGCGAAAGUUGGGUUUUCCAUUUUAGCAUCUCGAAGAGCUAUUGCUAAAUUAAUGAAACUUCUCGAUAUUUCUGAUUUAUACGAAUUCGAAGUUGUUACUUGUGUGAUCAAUAAAAAAGAGGUUCAACGAGUGGUUAUUAGAUGUCGAAGUGUUGAGCAUUUAUUAUCAAUCAGAGCCACGAAUCUCGCCAACGCUGGAAGAUUGCAAUUGAAAAACGGAAAAAUUAUUCCUGUAUUAAGUGGUGAUCGAGGUGAUGAAGAAGCUAAAGCUGUCAUUGGUCUGGAAUGUUCACCUACUCCUAAUUCUCCAUAUUCCUUGUCGUUUAUCUGUAGUUUUUGUGGCGAGGAUAAUUAUGCGAAUAUGCUGAAAUUUAUGGGAAGAACCCUUUCAACUUUAGACAACAUCAAAUUUAUUGAUUAUAAAUAUGGAGAUGUUGUUUUGCGAGCAGAGGUUGAUUGGAAAAAGACCGGUAAAUUUUUAUUUUCAAAAAUCAACAAUUUGAUUUGUUUUUAGGUGAUUUCAAAUUUUUAUCUUCGUUAUCCGCCCACACCGGCCAAUCUUCAACUAAUCCUUGCAUUGGCUGUAUCAUCCCAUUGUGCACUCACGGAGAUCAUCGAGAUACAAUCGGAUUGUUCAAUUUCGAACUAAAAUUUGAUGAUCGGACCGAAGCAAACAUUUUGGAACAUUGCCAACAAGGAACUCAUUCUAUGAAAGAAGGUGCAACACCGCUAGUCCAAAUCCCACCUAAAAAACAGUUCCUCCAACUGUACACAUUGUUGCUGGAGUUCAUGAAAAAUACGUUGACGAUCAGAUGAAAGCGAAGACAAAUAAAAUGGAUUGUGCACUUUUUGAAAAUGCUCGAACCGUUCCUCAUCAAAAAUCAAUGCUGAAAAAGAAAAAAGAAGAGGAGUUGGUUUUGAAAUCAGCUAUUAAUUUUUUGGAAGCGGAUAUUGCAAUGGGUAAAAAUAUGAUGUCAGCCUUCAGCAACUACACCGUGAAUCCCGAAGAUUCCUGCGACUCUCAAUAUUGUAUUAUCGAUGGAUGUUCUUCAAACACUUUGGAUUGGGUUAAAUGUGAUUUGUGUCAACGGAAUUAUCACAUUUUUUGUAUGUGUAUUAUGUCGGCGAAGAUUGUUCACAAGAUGAAAAAUAGUAGUUCACCAUUUUAUUGUUGGAGUUGCCGUGAAUUUUCGCAUGAAGAAAUGAUAUAUAAUGUUGAAUUCGAAUUGAAACAAUAUAUUGAUGAGGCUGAAACAUUGAAAACUAAGUUAUCUUCGGUCACCAGAGAUAAGAAAUCAAUGGAAGCUGUUCUUUCGGGAGAAGGUGGACCAUCGAGAAAGAAAUUGGAUUCGGUUUUGAAGAAGAUUGGGUGUCUUGGAUCUGCUUGGUUUGGUAAUCCUGUUGGUAAUCAAAUUCGAAAGCUAUUACGCCCAAAAUACAUUGAAAUUGUUUUGGAGGUAUUUCCAGAUGAUGAAUUCAAAUCGAAUCUUCGAAAAGUUAUGAUUUUGCUAGGAGAGAUUAUGACAGCUUCAGGAAAACAAACAUUCAACGAUUUCGAAAAACUUGAAUUUAAAGAUACAAUAAGCCGCUUCGUCAACGCUCUUCGAGAGUUUUGCCCUGAGGAGAAUGUUAUUCCGAAGCUUCAUUAUUUGGUCAAGCAUGUCCCGGAAUAUAUUGAUAUUUAUGACACCUGGGGUGGCGCAUGCUCCGAACAAUCCACCGAACACUUUCAUGUCGUUUAUCGAAAAGUAAAAAAGCUUUUUCAUCUAUCAAGGAUCUCAUUUUUCAAGCCAAACUUAUGGUGCGCCGAUUUGGAUUUUUGAAUUAUUUGAACGACAUUGGCGAAAAUUGUAAUGAUCCUAUGAUCGAAAUCCCGGUUAGUUAAAAAAAAAAAGAAAUUUUUUAAGUGAAUUUUCAAUUUUUCAGGACGAAUAUCGAAGUUAA